GAUUUGUCUGUUCUGUGUCUGUUCUCUGUUUUCAGCGUAAUUGUAAAUUUUAGCACACGCGAUUUAUUGGCUUUAUGAGUGUGUAAAAUCCCGAGCUAAACAAGCCGCACGCAAGAAUGGGGGUGCCGAAGUUCUACCGAUGGAUAAGCGAACGGUAUCCUUGCCUAAGCUCCGCUGUCAAGGAAUAUCAGAUUCCAGAGUUCGACAACCUCUAUCUGGACAUGAACGGUAUCAUCCACGUCUGCUCUCAUCCCAACGAUGAUGACCCGCACUUUCGUAUUACAGAAGAAAGAAUUUUCUUGGAUAUCUUCAAUUACAUAGAUUUCCUGUUUCGCAUGAUCAAGCCCAAGAAGACGUUCUUUAUGGCUGUCGAUGGUGUAGCCCCAAGGGCCAAGAUGAAUCAGCAAAGAGGCCGUAGAUUCAAGUCUGCAAAAGAAGCCCAGGCACAAGAGAAAGAGGCACGCGAAAGGGGAGAGGUCCUGCCCACUGAGGAGCGGUUCGACUCCAACUGCAUCUCACCUGGCACCGAAUUCAUGGCACGGUUGCAGGAUCAGCUACAGCAGUUUGUGGCCGUGAAGGUCUCCAGUGACCCAUUGUGGCGUGGCGUCAAGGUUUACCUAUCGGGCCACCAGACACCAGGUGAAGGGGAACACAAGGUGAUGGAUUUUAUCCGGACAGAACGAUCCCAGCCAGGUUACGACCCAGACACGAGGCAUUGUUUGUAUGGGCUUGAUGCCGACUUGAUUAUGCUGGGCAUGUGUUCUCACGAACCACACUUCGCACUGCUUCGGGAGGAGAUAGUGUAUGGCAAAGGGAAGCAUUUGAAGAGGCUCAAUGUUCCUGAAGAGAUCACGUUUCACCUUCUCCAUCUGUCGUUGCUGCGAGAGUACUUGGAGCUGGAAUUCCAAGAGUUAAAGGUGAACGAUUCGUUCGAGUUCAAGAUGGACAACAUCAUAGACGACUGGGUGCUGAUGUGUUUCCUAGUGGGCAAUGACUUUCUUCCACACUUGCCCAAUCUCCACAUUGCGCACAAUGCGUUGCCGGUUCUCUACCAAGCCUACAUCGAUGUGAUGCCAUCUCUUGGAGGUUACAUCAACGAAUAUGGAAAGUUAAAUUUGGAACGGUUUGAAAAAUUUCUUACCAGGCUUUCUCAGUUUGACUAUGAAAAAUUCUCAGACGUUCAGGCUGACCAAAAGUUCUUAGCUUCUAAACGAGCCUAUGCCGAAGCACCAAACGGUAUUGUGCAGCAGAACGGGUCGCCACCGUCUGGCAAAGAGAAGACUAAGGAUCCAGAUGAAAAGCGCCUGUUGGAAAAGUUUAGUCACCUGGACAUUCCCGACUUCGAUAGUGACGAAGACCAGGAAGGUCUUCUUGAGAUGGAGUUUCGUCAGCACAAGCGGGAUUACUACGUCAACAAAUUGGAAUACUCAGACGUCAACAAGCAAGUUAUGCAAGAACAAGCGCACGGCUACGUCCGGGCCAUUCAGUGGAACCUCCACUACUACUACAAUGGCGUGCAGUCGUGGAACUGGUUCUACCCGCACCACUACUCCCCAUACAUUUCGGAUAUCAAGGAUUUCCAGAACUUGGACAUGACGUUUGAGCUGAGCAAGCCGUUUCUGCCAUUCCAGCAGCUCAUGGCCAUCCUUCCUUCAGCCAGCAAAAAGCUGGUGCCCGUCGCCUAUCAGGAUCUCAUGGAGAACGAGGCAUCUCCCAUCUUGGACUACUACCCCAAGGACUUCAACACAGACUUGAAUGGGAAGCAGCAUGAUUGGGAAGCUGUUGUGCUCAUACCUUUCAUAGAAGAGGAUCGGCUGCUUCCCGCGAUGGAGGAGCGUUUCGAGAAGCUGACCGAGGAAGAAAAGUCUCGAAAUGGCCACUCGGGACACUUGCUGUUUGUCUACUCCGAGGAACCUCAGCCCCCACGCCCAUGCAAGGGUGAACGGCUUGUGCCUAGCUUGGAGGUCAAUCAUGCCAAAGUCACCGAGCUGGACAUGAAUGUCUUCAGACUUCCGGUGUCCAAAAUCAAGAAAGGUCUCAUGGAGGGAAUCAGGCUGGAUGUCUUCUUUCCGGGGUUCCCAACUCUAAAGCAUCUCGACUACACGGGAUGCUUGAAAAAAGAGUCCAUCAAGGUGUUCCAGGCUUUGACCAGGAACGAAAGCAUGGUCAUCACGAUAAACAACAAAGACGAACGUACAUUGAAAGAAAUAUCGACGGAGCUCUUGGGCAAGUCUGUUUACGUCUAUUGGCCCCAUUUGCUUGAAGCUUUGGUUGUAGCCGUCUCCACCAGGGACGAAAGGCACUCCUUGGAGAUUCACAAACACGCCAAAAGUUGUGAAAGCGUCAGCAUCUACAAGUUGGCCAGUACUGACCAGGAAGUGUUUGACAUGCAAGUCAGUGGAAUCAAGGACCGUUAUCUUAGCCGUUAUGGCGUGAAUGUCGGCGAAGUGGACAUCCUGGUCUUCUGCAAAACGUUGACUGGUCGAAAGUACACCUGCACGUCCAGAGGUCGCGUCACACUCGAUAAGCAGUGGGCAGAGCUGAGUGUCCCGUUCGCUCUGCAGUCUAUCGUGAAGGACAUCACUGAAAAAUCUCCGGACUUCGAAGAGUUCAAAACAAUUGAAGAGCUUUUUCCUGUUGGAAAGACGUGCUUCAUGAUUGGCAGUCCGCAUUAUGGCUGUUCUGGAACGGUUGUGGAUGCCAAGCCAGAAAAUAGAGCUGGACGUAUAAUGAUCAAGUUUAAAGUGCCAUCGGAGCCAAGUUUGGAUGGUAUCAUUCGAAACGAAAGGAAUCUGUGCCAGGUCCAUUACAUGAACGCCCAUCAGAUGUCGCAGCAGCUCGGGGUCAACGCGCAGUUUGUGUCUCGCAUCACAGGCACCGUGUAUAUUCAGAUGAACAGCAGGGAGGCAGAAGCAGCUUCCCUUGUCAAUGUCGGCUUGCACUUGAAGUUCAACAAAACGUCCGAAGAGAUUCCUGGAUACUCAAAGAGGACUAAUGACGCUUGGCUGUACUCGACAAAGUGCCUUCAAGUACUCAAAGAGUACCUGGCAAAGUAUCUCGGCUUUGUGCAGAGAAUCAUUCCGUUUUUGGGACAAGACAAAAUCGCAGUUGAGGACCUUUACCCAAAGGGAGUUGGGAAAGAAGAGGUGAAGGAGGUGGCCAAGUGGAUAAAAGAACAGGAUUGCACCAAGGUUGCACGGGUGAAAAGUGGUGCACAGUUGCUUGACGAAGGCGUCGUGCAUGCUAUCGAGGAAACUGUCAAAAGGGCUAAGAGCACACAGCCACCACAGGAAGUGCUCUUGGACGUCCACCCCAAGCACCUGUACCGGCCAGGCCUGCAGUUCGGCUGGGUACCACCUGAUCCCAAGGCCACGUACAGCUUGUUUGACCGAGUGGUGAAUGUCCGCGAAAACAUCGCAGUUCCACUGGGAUACCGGGGAACCAUCAUCGGCCUCCUCCCGUUGGAAGAUAACGAUCCACAAAUGUGCGAAGUGGUGUUUGACGAGCCGUUUGCGGGCGGCCUCCCCCUGCGGUGCUCGGAGCAUCGCGGCUACCGCAUCUCUAUUUUGUUCCUGGUGAACCUGUCGUAUGGCAGCCGAAUCCAGAGGAGCCAGCAACUCUACCAGGUGCCAGCACGGCGCCAGCAACUGGCAGAUUCAUACCCAGCGGUCGCUGGCAACAAGGUCAGAACCGGCGGCUCUGCUCAACCACGGGCCACCCACGCAAGCGCAGGUAACGGCUGGCAGGACUUGUCACCGCAGCGUCGGCAAGAAAAGAACAGGUUUCACCACUCGCCUAAUUCACCAUUCGAAGCUCAGAAGUCCUCUCCAGCUCCUGAGUCACCCAGUCAAGGCACAUCCGACUUCGCCUCCUUGUGGCUAGGGCUGCAGAAGACGACGACAGCACCCAUGCCUUGCUCCGUACCCACUGCUCAGCAGGCAUCAACCUCUUCAAGGCACCAGGGCACUCCGCUCUCAUUGGACGAGCUUUUCAAAGGAGCCAAAAACUAUGAGGGCCAGACUUCUGGUGCCGUUGCUGUGUCAUCAGCAAGCAUCCUGGAAGAUUUGGUAAAGCGCACCAAGGAGACCAUGGGUGCAGAGCCAGAACACUUCUGCAUCGGAAAAGAUGGACAGCCUCCAAAGAAAUUCGUGGCGUAUAUCAUCCUACCGAAUGGGAAAAAGUUCACGAGUGCAUGCUCGGACAACCAGAAGAGUGCACUGCAGGAUGCAGCCCAGCAGGCUCUUGCAUUUGUCACCAAGAAAAUGCCUGCCUCCCAGCCGGUACAGCCAACACCUAUAGCAGUUCAAGCUCAGCGGCCCAACGUGCCCCUUUCCUUCGGCAACCCACCACAAGCGUGUGCCAGCAGCUUGGGGACACAGUUCAGGAUGCCGCCCCCGUGUGAGGCAUCGCUCAUUCCGGACUCCUUCGUGGAGAGCAACCGUCGCCUGAUGGAGACACUGAACUGCAUGCCGAGUGAGCAGCAGCUCGGCCCUAGUUUGUCAUGGCAGACGCCAAGGAUGCCUCUUCCGUUCAACCGGGCACCUGUCUAUAUGGCAACGUCGGCAGGCAAGGAACCGUACCAGCAGCGCCCCUUCUUUCCCAGUCCCCGCAACACUUUUGCACCACGACCUGCGAUGUAUAUGGCUGGCCCACCGCAUCAUCUGCAGUACCCUCAGCAGCAACAGCAGUUGCACAGGCAGCCACAUCCAGACAGUCUUCUGCGACCCCAGUUUCCGGCCAGGUCUCCACAAAAAGACAGGCAGCCAGUGCACAGGGGCGGUGGUCGUUACGGGGAGCAGCAGUCGGAGCCUUGCCUGCAGCGGCCGCCCCCAGUUUCCCGAACACAAGCUAUCGGCAUCGGCCAACAUCUUCAUUCCCACUCAGGUAAUGCGAAGGCUACCUUCCAAGUCCUCUGCGGCCACUUCCAGUUCGAGCUCCCUGAGAAAGAACAAGGCGGCCGCCUCAUCAACCACAAAGUCACCGCCGACUAAGGAAGCGUCUGUGCAAAAGCCCCUUGACGUCAUCGCGAGUGCUCCUCCUGCAAAGCAGGAAACUGCAAAGGGUUCAGGGGCAACGAACACAACUGCACCUUUAAGCGCUGCUCAGUCUUCAAUUGCCGAACCCAGCCCGGUUUCCAACGCCCCGAAACCCGCAUCGCAAGACGCUGCCUCUUCCAACUCAAAGCCUCCAGCACGUAGGUCGAGGCUGGCCGUCAAGUUUGACUUUGCCCCCUCCUGAGGGGCUCGCGUCACAUAGCGUAUUUGCAGCGUGCUGGGCAAAGCAUUUGUGAGGAGCCCUUUUGUACACUUGAAAAGGGCUACUGAACAUCAGCAGCCCACAGACUCUCAUAUCGGACAGUGUAAAACAAUGUUGGUUCACAGAUGUAUAGUGUACAUUCUUCGGCGACUGGCUGGAUAUCCUCUCCAGCGUUAAUUCUCAAUUAUCUCCUUACCCAUGCAUUGUGAUUUCAGAGAGAGAGAGAGGUCUUUAUUGAAAAGCAGAGAAUUUAGCUGGCAUAUAAAAUUCACUGACUUGCUGCUCUGCGUGAGGAAGGGGAUUCAGGAUUGAAAGUACGAGCAGGAAGAGAGAGAUAAAAAAGACAAAAUGUAAAUUUAGUAAGUGUGCUUUCAGAUAAUUUCUAUCAAGCGUACGGUAAUGUUUAAUAACACUUGUCACAAGUGUCCUAAGAUGCACAGGAAAGUGUUAACGUGCUUUAGUGUUUUAUUUAAAGCAUUGUUGAUUUCCACAAUGUUUAUGCCCAUGAGACCUUGUGACUUGUGCUUGUUGUAGCUGCUGCCUAAUAACGGCCUGCGGUCAUUACCAAAACAAAUUGAAAAAAAUCACGCACAUCCAUUUUGCCUGUGGUACUUAUUUUCCAUUUCAUAUUAAGGCGAUAUCACUUCUGCUUGCUGUAGUGCUUAUCUUCUAAAUCAUCGGGCAGCAAACAACUGAGCCAGCCAAAAUACAUGCCAACUGAAAACCAGUUGUUGGUUGUGAACAGUGUUGACAACCAACACGCUCUCUCUGUUGUCAUGCACAGUGUGCUGAAUGUACACGUAGGGCAAGUGUGAUUUCAACUGCGCUCUUUAUUGUUCACUUGCGUCGUCAAUCGCGACAUUUUCGCUCUUUUGUUAAGCCUAUGAAAACUGAAGAAAGCCACAUUGAAGUGCUGUUUUCUUUUUUUAUCAGCAUUUACAUGUGUCGUUACAUUUCUAAAGAUUUCUUUUAAUAGCAAACUCGUUUAUAAUAUUAUGCAUUCGAUAUAAUUGGCAGCUAACGAAGACUGCACACUUUUGUCUGACAAAAAGUUCUGCAUGUUCUUAAUGAGCAAUCUUGUGCUGCGGCUGUUUUUCUUUUUCCAUAAGCCGUGUAAGGCUUAUUUAUCUAUAUUUGUUUUUAAAACUUUAUUAAUGACUCAACUGUUGCUAACGUUUCCAUAGUUUCUAAGCAGAAGGCACGAAGUUUCUCACUGAAAUUGCGAGAGGAAAGUCUGGAAUCGCAGUUGAUUUGCUACCAAGGAUAUGUAGGUUGGGAACACAGAAUUGGCACGGCGUUCUUGACGGAAGCAAAUUGCUGCUUUUUGUUAUUCACAAUUCAAUCAUGUUGCAUGCUAGCCUGAAAUUUUUUUUUUUUUGGUGAUCAAAACGUUUCACAUUGGCAUUUCUCUAUGUUUAAGGGAGGGACGCGACUUUGAGAUCGCGAAAACUGUCAAAAAGAAAAAAAAAAAACAUUUUUUGAAAAUGCAAGUUUUUAGUUUCUGGAAUCCUUUUUCUAUCUGAUUACAAAAUAUCUACACUGAAAACCUCGCAGAAGUGCUUCGGAAAAUUCAUUUCACUCACCUAGGUAGCGAAACUUUUUCUGGAAAUCGCGAGAAAACAGCGAUUUUCAAAAAAAAAAAUUAUGGCUUCGCGAUGGCAGGGCUGGGAGCCAGCUUCUUGGGCUCAUCGAUAAAAGCAUUUCUCCGUGUUUAACUUUCCUGCCUGAGCUGGCUCCUCCCUUUAAAAACAAGUGCACAAAAAGCAAAUUUUUUAAGGUCGUUUCGAGGCCCUUGAUUGGCUGUGGCUGCCAUGUUGCCUCAGCUCGCCUCGCCAUUGACCCGAUGCUCGCUUUGGGAGAUCGUCGUCUGCUGCUUGUGCGUCGUGAGGACAUGGCUCUCGAAAAUUGCUACUUCGUGACGUGUUCACGGCUCGAUGAUCGCUUAAGAGAUAACUACGCUUUAGUUAGGAGCAGUAAGCGAAUGCGCGAUCAGGUUACUACGAGCAAGCACGCGUUCUACGAGCGCGGCACGUUAUCGGAGUCGGCUUUAGCCCUAACUCUGCUGACAGCGAGACUGCGGGCAGGAACGACGCGCCUAGCGCACUUUUGGCGACGUGAUUCUUCGCAAGGAAUGAAGCACAUAACUUGCUAGCUUCUCUGAAGCACGUACGGGCAUUUUAAGCAUCGGCAGGGGACCACACAGUCAAGCUCGUCACCCCCCCUUCACUGCCGAGGAUCGCUCAGAACAGCGGAUAGCAGUUUGACGCGUCGUCACUCGAAAAUGCUAUGAGAAGCGCAGUGCGCCGAUUUUUUGUCAUCGUAGCUACACAUUUCAGCGUAUCAUCACUGAACGCCGCCGGCAAGUGCAUUACGUGCCGGCUGCACUGUCCACGCGGCCGUGCACUCCACGGUCAUAUGGAGUGUUGUCAAUAAGCUUUUGUGAUGCGAUUUAGGACAGUGCUUGGAGCCGUGCUUGAUAUCGCCACGAACGUCUAUGAAUGUUCCGAGGCAAUGAAAGCCUCGUAGAUUAGAGUUUCCGUGACUGGCUGUAUGAUGGUGCGUUUCACGGCUAGAGUGGCAACAGAGCAUGUGUGAAUCAGGGACACAAAUUUUUAUAUGGCCAUUUCGCGUCAUUAAUUAUACUGCUGAAAAUUUCUGUGCCACCAGUCUUCUGCCCAUAACUUUUAUUUGAAAAGACUGCAUAGGCCUGUCAUGGUGUGAUCCAUUUUUCUGAUGCAAUAAACCUCUCUCCAAA